AUGAAGCUUCUGAUCUUAGCACUGGUGGCUGCCGCAUCUGCUGCCCCACAGGGUUACAACCUACCGACUCCCUCCGGGCCAUCAUUUAACGCCGGCGGAUGUGGCGGUGGACAAGUGCGACACGUGGAUGGCAGCUGCGUCACACCUCAAGUGAAUAGUCGUGUGUUCUUGUAUGAUGUGCCACCAAAUCAAGCUUCUUCUAGUCGGCCAGCGAACGUCCCAAAACCAAAACUCGAACGCAAUAUUGUUUUCGUCAGACUUCCUGAUGGUGCUCAAGGACCAGAACCCAUCGUCGUUCCUCCUCCAAGGCAACAACAUGUCUUGUUCGUCCUUAACAAGCAGUCGGAACAAGGUCAACAAGUGAUCGAGGUGCCAGCGCCACCACCUUCGGAUCCCGAAGUGUUCUUCGUGAACUACGCAGAAGGAGAGAACCCAACUCUUCCUGGAGGAGUAGACCUCCAAACUGCGCUUGGUGCUGCCUCUCAAGGUGGCGGUCAAGUUGUGGGAGGUGGUGGCAGUGGAGGCGGAAUCGGAGGUGGCAUUGGAGGCGGAUUCGGAGGAGGUACUGGAAGCGGAUUCGGAGGUGGUAUUGGCGGUGGUAUCGGUGGUGGAAUUGGAGGCGGUAUUGGCGGUGGUUUUGGAGGCGGAAGUGGAGAUGAGCCAAAAAGAAGCAAGUCUCGUAAUAACAUGUUUUGUAAAGAAACAAUCAUGGUCAGGAAACCAGUCGCAGAGCUGAAAAAGGACGCAUUCACAGGACUCAAGAGUCAUUUAAUUUCUUCAGUCUACCAAAAUAAGUCAGAGAUUUUUCUCAUCACCUUCUUCACUUACAAAGCAUCUGAAAUUAAGGAAUAA